AUGAGAAAAAGUUGGUUUCUCAAGGAGAAUCUUCUUUCCAGUAGUUCUAUGAACUUCAAAGUGUUCCAAGGGAUCUGCCUGGGUGCCGCUGUUCUCUCCUUGAUUUGUCUCUGGUUCGCAGGUCAAAUCGGCGAUAAAUCAAUCGAUAAACGAUCAGAAGAACAAGAUCUCCACGAAUUCCUUCUGGAAAAUGAGCCAGAUUCAGAAAAAUCGCCAACUUUCUCAGAAAACGUCGAGAAUUCAGUGAAAUUAACGAAAGAAAUCGUUUCGCAACGUCAAUUUCUGGCGAUUGUCUUCACAAAUUUCUUCCAUACCGCCCGUAGUAUUGCCCAUAUGAAUUUCGCGUCGAUCAUCACUGAAAUCGUCAUUCCCCAAGAGAUUUUGCCAUCGGGAUCCGUCAAAUUAAGCCUUUUUUUCAUGGUUUUGACACUUGGACCUCAAUUAGUGCUGAUUUUUAAUGAGAAGUUAAUUGCGAGAGUCGGCGCAAUUAAUGUGAUAUCUAUCAGUUAUAUUGUAUCGUUUUUCAGUGGAUUUUUGAUUAUUUUGGCUGGAAAUCCCUAUAUGAUUAUGGCGUUUAUGUUGGUCGAUUGCAUAACAGUGCACACGAUAGCCCCUUUGUUCAACAUAAUAAUAUCUGAUUUCGUUGAUGACGACGCCCGAAAAAACAAUCGUCCAUCCGGUAUCCCGUCGAUUGUGUUCAGUCUAAAUGCACUAUUCGUGAAACCAGCUCAAUCGGUCGCCCCCGUUGUCAUUGUGUAUCUGUUGAAUCAGUCGGGUUAUCAGGAAUAUCUAAAAACGAAAAUGGAAUCCGCUGAUCUGAAGAGUACAAUUCUCCUGAUUCUAUUCAUGACACCAUCUGUAAUCGGAGGAAUUCAAUAUAUCAUUAUGAGGUCGAUGUACAAUUUCAGACGGCCAAUUGUCAGAAGUACUCAUGUCGUCUGA